AUGCCGGUACUGGUGUAUUUCCACGGCGGUGGCUUCUUCUCUGGCUCUGGAACGUUCGAAGAUGCUGGGCCGCAUUACUUCAUGGACCAAGAUGUCGUCCUGGUCACCGUCAACUACCGUCUUGGCCCCCUCGGUUUCUUCAGUUUGAAUCAACGUGAUGCUCCUGGCAACAUGGGGCUCUACGACCAGGUGAUGGCGCUCCAGUGGGUGAAAGACUACAUCAAAUAUUUUCACGGUGAUCGGUUUCGCGUCACUAUUAUGGGCGAGGGAGCAGGCGGUGCCUGUGUUCACUUGCAUCUCUUCUCUCCAAUGUCUAGAGGUUUGUUCUCACGGGCCAUUUCGCAGUCUGGUGUAGCGUUCAACUCAUGGGCGCUCAUGAAGGACAUGGUUAACACGUCUAAGACACAUGCGGCACUCCUUGGUUGUAACAAAGAAAAAGAUGCUACGACUAUGAAAUGUCUGAGGGAGGUCGAGGCAGAACAAAUUGUGAACUCUACCAGAGGACUGCAUUUCUGGCUGCAGGAGCCGCUUGUGAUCUACAGACCUAUGGUCCAGGAAGGCAGACUUGGAAGGGAUAUUUUCCUGCGACAUGAUCCAAUGGACUUACUGUUGCGAAUGGAGUUCCAUAAUGUACCCUGGCUUGUGGGUGUUGUUAAGACGCCGGGAUUCUUUCAUGCUAGGCGAUAUUUAGUAGACGACCAGUUACUGGCCUCUCUGUUGGCAAAAUUCGACGAAUAUGGGUCUGCGUUGCUAGAUAUGCAUUUGAGCCUACCGGACAGUGAAGAACGGGAGAGCGCCUUGUCAAGCCUGAUGGAUUUAUACGAAACCCCCGACGGUGCUUUCGAAAGGGAUUCGCUACUACAGGUAUGA